AUGGACAACAGUAACGUCUCAACAGAUAACUUGGGCCACAAUCAAGCUUUUCAGCAUACAAGGCAACUAUAUUAUUCAACCAGCUCUGAUUUUUUUUCUCAGAAGUUGAAUUCCAGUGUAAUCCAGGCUGGAAUUCAUGAUGCAAAUGACACUUCAGAAAUGUUCACUCCUCCUCUGCUCCCUGCUUCAGAGCCUGGAAUGAACCAUUGUGCUCCCACAUACAAAACCAUGGAACAGACUCCAGGGCAGCAGGACCAGCUGAUGAAGAAGCAGAUGGAGCAGUUGCAAAGGCUGGUGGCUGAACAGCAGAAAAUCAUUGCACUUUACAACCCAGGUAUAAGCACUGAACCGCUGCUUCAGUCUACAGAGAGUCCCACAAAAAACCUUUCCAGACAAGAUGCUCAAGAAGAGAACAGAAAAGAAAAGAAAGAUAGCAGUCAAUUAAAAGAAGGUUUCUCUGAAGCUUUUUCUGCUGCCAAAGAAGAACAAAGAGAACAACUAAAGGAGGAGAUUUCUCCAUCUCUCUUUGUCAUAGAGGGGAAGAUAAAGACUGGAAGCAUAGAAGACAGGCCAGUCACAUCAGCAAUUGGUAUUAGACAGAAGACUUCUGAAAAAUUUGUUGAAGAGCAACUUAAAGCAGACAAUCAUCUCACAGAGAAACAGCACAAGGAGCAACAGAGCAAGGCAAAAAUAACAUCUCUAAAGGUUUCUCUGAAACGAAGAGAAGUUAUGGCAAGGUUCAAAAAAAUUAAACAGAAGACUGUAAAAGAAGACAGCAAGCAUUCCAGAAGAGCUGGGUUGAAUCACUGGGGUAAUUUCUUCCAGUCUGGCCAAGUGAACACAGGUAUACUGCAGCCGGGGGAAUGCCCCCAGUUAAAUCUGCAGGUCAGUAACUCCGUACGGAUGGAUACACAUGAAAAAAAAGCAGACUGUGCUUUAGCUGAGUGGGAGAUAAAGACUGACUGUGAAGCAAAAGUAGCUGAGCAAAGUGCAGAAGAAAAACAAGUCAUUGGGAGAGACGAAGAUUCAAAAAAAAAUCCUGUUGACUCAUCACAGAGAAGAUGGCCUGAAAUCCUGCAACCAUGUCCUGAAACAAUUACAGGCAUGAACCUACAAGUGGUUGAGGAAAGAGAAACUCAUCAUAUGGAUUCUCUAGGACAAGCAGGCAGAACUGAUGGAAGACCUUUGGAGAGUACCCUGACAAAGGACCUAGGUAGGGUGGAUCAGUCUGUGAAGGGUCACCUCAUAGAUGGAGCAAAAACCCCCUUGGAAUUCCUGCAAAGGCAUUAUCCACUCCAGGAUUUAGAAACAGAUUGUAUCAAGGAGGCAGAGUGCAGUGGAGGCCCUGCAUUCACAUGGGGUCAGAAGUGGGUUCAGGUAUGCCCACAGGAACUUGUUUUGGGGAGCCAGAACUCAGAAAGUGAAAGACAAAUCCAUACUGGGUUUAAGAUGGUCAAUGACAAGAUAAUAAAAAUUACAUGUAACCCACCUGAGGCUGCGGAGAAGGGAGGGUCGUCCUCAGCUUUGCAGCAAAAGUGGCAAAGGAAAAGAACAGUUGCCUCGACGUGCCAAGUUGCGUCUUUGUCCUGUGAGUCAAACUGCUCAUCUCGCAACAGUGAUGAUAAUCCCAAAUCUCACCAUGUUCAGCAUCCCUCCCAGCAUGUGACUCAGAGAGUAGAUCACACUGACAGACAUUUGGAUCUCUCUGAUGGUCACUAUGCUAGUGAUGAGUCCAGUGGAACAGAAAAAAUGUCUGCUAAAAUGUACAGCAGAUCACCACCAAGAAAACAAGGUCUUCAAGCAAUCUCAGGACAGCAAGAUCUCUCCUGCAGCACAAGCAGCAGUGAUUCUAGUACUGGGACUGUCUGUCUGAAAGGGAGCAAGGCUCGCUCUUCUCUUCAGGAGUCCCUAUUUCAUCGUACAAGACUGAAAAGAAGAGAGCACAAACCUGAAUCAAAGAAUGAGAAUAGGGACAGUGGUGUUAAAAACCUACAUCUGCCAUCCUCGAGAGUGGCUCAUGAGAUUCCUAUUUUCAAGAUUAAAGAAAUCCCUGAAGUGGAGGAACUACAGAAAAAACUGUUUACGGACACAUUAGAAGAAACCCAGAACAUCCUUAGCAGAGGAUUAGAGACUGGUAAUAACAGUGGAACCCCUUCACUGACUGUGGUGAAUGAAAAUGAUGAGAAAACAAUGCAUUUUCACAGAACACGGAUAGACCAGCCCAAGACUGUCAGGAGCCAGGAGCUGACUCACACCUUGGAACACAAUAGAGAUCAAACUCACCCACUGCAGAAAGAAAAAAUUGCCCAGAGCAAGUUCAGAAGAACAGCUAGAGUCACUGAAGAAAAUGUGAAAUCAGAAGAAAUACAAGUACUAAAGCAGCAGAUUGCCGGACUGCAGGAGGAGUUCAAGAGAAGUGAGUCCUGCUGGCGUGCUGCCUACAGCAAGCUGAGAGACCAGGUUGAGUUGCUGACCAGGCAGAACAUGGAGCUUCGAGAUGAGCUCAGAAUUUCAGAACAUCAGAGAUGGAAAGCAGAAAAAAACCCAAAAGCUGUGAAUUUUUUGGACAGAAAAUCAGAGACCCCGGCAACAGAUAGUUCUGUGCAAAGAGCUCAUCCUUUGAGAUCAGUGACAAAAGAACAUCAAGAAAAGAAACCAUCUAACUGCUCCAUUGAUAGAAGCACACCAACUGGCAGGAGAACACUUAAUCAGGGAAAACUGACACCUUUAGAACCAGAAAAAGUUGUACAUCAACCUUCUUCUACUGGAGGAAAAACAGAUAGUAGAAAAUCACCUGGAGCUGUCUCACAUGUAACUGGUCUUUUCAAGGAUUUCAAGGAGCCUAACUCAUCUUCCUGUAUAAAAGGCAUGCCUUUGCCAAUUUCAGAUAGCUCAGAAGACAUGUCCCUCUCACAUAACCAUAGCAAUGAUACUUGCAGCUUUGUACCCUGCAAUAACAAUGAAGAAAGAGAGCCUCCAAAAUUAUCUGGAAGGUCAAUGUUGAAUCAAGAAAGAAGAAAGAGUGAGGAAGAGGUGCAGGAAAAAAUAGAGUAUUGUGAUGGAAAGGUAGAAGAGGUGCUUACCGAUGGACGUCGAAUCCUCACUUUCCGCAAUGGUACUAAAAAAGAGAUUAGUGUUGAUAAAAGGACAACAACAAUUAGCUUUUCCAAUGGAGAUGUAAAGAAGAUCAUGCCAGAUCAGAGAGUGAUUUAUUAUUAUGCAGAUGCACAGACAACCCACACUGCUUAUCCAGAUGGCCUGAAGGUGCUGCAGUUCCCCAAUAAUCAGAUAGAAAAACAUUAUCCUGAUGGCACACAAGAAAUUGUGUUCCCAGAUCACACAGUGAAGUGCCUCUAUAGUGACGGACUGAAGGAAACUUUUUUCCCAGAUGGUACAGUAGUAAAAGUAGAAAAGAAUGGAGAUAAAAUAGUGAUAUUCAGUAAUGGCCAGAAGGAGAUUCACACUGCACAAUUCAAGAGGCGGGAGUACCCAGAUGGCACUGUGAAAACUGUGUACUGCAACGGCAGACGGGAAACCAAGUACUCCACUGGACGAGUUCAAAUCAAAGAUGAGGAGGGUAAUCUCAUCCUAGAUAAGAAGUAA